AUCGUGGGAAGUCAACUAAUCAAACACGAAGCGGAACGGCGUUUUAGAAUCGGUAUUUUAAUCAGUUAAUAGACAGCAGUGAUAGCAAACAAUUUGAAAUGACCUUAUCAGAAGGGUAAAUGAAAGUCGGAGUAGAAAAUGAAAGUGAUUCUAACUAAGUGGGCUCAUUUCAUUGUAUAAAUUUGUUGAAUUUAAGCCAGCUCUGCCGGAAUACCGCAUUUGUUCGCUUUCUAGUUGUGGUAGAUAAAUAGUUCACACAAUGAAGGCACAAAUCUUUGCUUUCCUCUGGGCAUGUAUCCUCUGUGGAUCAUUUGCUGAUUUCAACAGCGAGAAUAGCGCAAAGCCAUGUGAAUUGGCUCACAAAGGUGAAAAUAUUGAGUUUCCGAAGGAUUUUUCGUUCGGCGUGGCAACCUCGGCCUAUCAAAUCGAAGGUGCAUGGAAUGAGGAUGGUAAAGCACCUUCUAUGUGGGAUACGUAUACUCAUGAACACCCCGAAAGAAUUAGUGAUCAUUCUACAGGAGAUGAUACUGUAGAAUCUUACCAUCGUUUCGAUCAAGAUUUGGCAGUAUUGAAGGAGCUUAAGGUGAACUUCUAUCGCUUUUCUAUUUCAUGGUCCAGGGUGCUGCCCAACGCAGAUACUUCAGUAAAGAAUCGAAAAGGAAUCGAUUACUAUAACAUGGUAAUCGAUAAGCUUCUGCAGAACAAUAUCAAGCCUAUGGUGACAAUGUUCCAUUACGAUAUGCCCGAAUCGUUUAAUGAGUUCGGCGGCUUCACAAAUAGCUCAGUUAUUGAUUAUUUCGAGGCAUACGCUUCUUUCUUGUAUGAAACUUUUGGUGAUCGUAUCAAAUGGUGGAUCACAUUUAACGAUCCCUAUGUAUUCUGUGGUAUGGGAUAUGCCGAAGGUACGUUUCCUCCACUGGUGCACAGUCCUGGUGUUGGGGACUAUAUUUGCAUGGAUAAUUUAUUGCGAUCACAUGCACGGGCUUAUCGUUCCUACAAAGAGAAAUAUUACAGUUACCAAAGGGGCAAAGUAGGUAUUAAUAUUAAUCCCGCAUUUUUCUAUAGAAAAGAUGGUCAAACCUCUGAUGAGCUCGUGGAUCGCGCAUUGCAGUAUCAACUCGGUUGGUUGGCAGGUCCAAUUUAUAAUACAGGAAAUUAUCCAUCUGUCAUAAUACAAGACAUCGCGGAAAAUAGUAAAAUUGAGGGGUUAUCAGAGUCACGUUUGCCUGUCAUAAACAGUACCUGGUCCGAUAUUAUCAAAGGAUCUGGUGAUUUUCUAGCAGUUAAUUAUUACACUUCUCAUUAUGUUGAAAUAGCCACGCCUCCCGAAGGUGAGGUACCAUCUAAAGAGUACGAUUCAAAAAUAAAGGUUUCUAUGGAUGAUAAAUGGAGACGUGCCAAAUCUGAAUGGCUAUACUGCGUACCGCAAGGACUUGAAGACGUAUUAAAAUGGAUUCGUGACAAAUACAACAACGUUGAAGUAUUAAUAACGGAGAACGGUUGGAGCGACGAUGGACAAUUAGACGACCCUCAACGUAUCGACUAUCUUAGGGCUCAUUUGCAAGCCGUUCUCAACGCAAUAAAUGAUGGAUGUAAUGUCACACACUAUACUCACUGGAGUGCAAUGGAUAAUUUCGAGUGGAACAAGGGAUACACUGAGAAAUUCGGUCUCUAUUCUGUGAAUAUGACAAGUGAAAACAAAGAGCGCUUUCCCAAGAAAUCAGCAGCAUUUUACACGAGCGUCAUAGAUAGUCGUAGAAUUCUCAGAUAGGGACACAAACAUCGUGAAGUGAAACAUCGAUGGUUCGACGCAACGAUGUUUCCUCAAAAAACAUCGAAAUCGGAAUCAAACACAUCGAUCAUUAAAACAUCGAUGUGUUUUUGAACUAUUAACGUAUUACUAUUAACGUAUCUUAAAAGUUAGUAUAAAAAUCUAAUUUAGUUCUGCCUCUGAAAUUUUGCAUAAAAAUAUGAAAUGUCGUUGUUAGUGUGUCUUAAUUGAUACAUUAUAUUUACACUUAGCUUUAGCUGCUUAAACUUGUGUCAAUAAAUAACAACAAUUUGGAAAUUUUUU